CUGGAAAAUUUUAUAAUAGAAAGAUUAAAUAGAGGUGUCACUGUCAAGUUUAAUUGUAUAGAACCCAUUGAUUGAUUCAAUUGAUUAAUUAUGAGUAAGAAACUUGUGGAAUUACUCACUCAUCCAACUGAGUUGCAAGCUGCAAUUCAAUUUUUUUAUUUUAAACAACCUUUACAUAUACCUGUACCAGGAUCAGAAAAUUUACAAAGAUGUUAUUAUAUAUUAAAUCAAACUUCUAGAUCAUUUGUAGCAGUUAUUCAAGAAUUACAUCCUGAAUUGAGAGAUGUUAUUAUGAUUUUCUAUCUUGUAUUAAGAGCUUUAGAUACUAUUGAAGAUGAUAUGACUCUUGACCCAUCAAUUAAAAUUCCUCUUUUAAGAGAAUUUGAUUCAAAAUUAGAUUUAAAAGAUUGGACUUUUGAUGGUAGUGGACCUAAUGAAAAGGAUAGAAUUGUAUUGGUUGAAUUUGAUAAAGUAUUAACUGAAUAUCAUUUAUUAAAACCUCAAUAUCAAGAAGUAAUUAAAGAUAUAACAUAUAAAAUGGGAAAUGGUAUGGCUGAUUAUAUUUUAGAUGAUAAUUUUAAUCUUAAUGGACUUGCCACUAUUAAAGAUUAUGAUUUAUAUUGUCAUUAUGUAGCUGGUUUGGUUGGUGAAGGAUUAACAAAAUUAAUGGUAUUAGCUAAAUUUUCUGAUAAAUCAUUAGUAGAAGAUAAUUUUCAAAAAUCGAAUUCUAUGGGAUUAUUUUUACAAAAGACUAAUAUUAUCAGAGAUUAUCAUGAAGAUUUAGAAGAUGGUAGAUCCUUCUGGCCUAAGGAAGUAUGGGGUAAAUAUACUGAUAAGUUACCAUCAUUCCAUGAAGAUACUUCUCCAGAAAGUGAAAUUCAAGGUUUAAAUUGUAUUAGUGAUUUAGUUUUAAAUGCUUUAAGUCAUGCUAAAGAAGUAUUAGAAUUUCUUUCAUUAGUUAAAGAUCCAUCAACUUUUAGUUUCUGUGCUAUUCCUCAAGUUAUGGCAGUUGCAACAUUAGCUGAAGUAUACAAUAAUCCAGCUGUAUUUCAUUCUAAUGUUAAAAUUAGAAGAGGUACUACAUGUUCAUUAAUUUUACAAUGUAGAAAUUUCCCAGGAGUUGUUAAUAUCUUUAGAAAAUAUAUUCAAAAUAUUAAUCAUAAAUCAUCAGUUAAAGAUCCAAAUUAUUUAAAGAUUGGAAUUAAAUGUGGUGAAAUUGAACAAUUUUGUGAAACAUUAUAUCCAGAUUUAAAAUCUUUACCAAAAGGGGUAACACCAGCUUCUACUGACAUUACUAAAUCUUUAGAAUCAAGAAAAUCAAUUGAUCAAAGUAUGCAAAGAAGAAUGGAUCAAGAAUCUUAUAAUCUUAAUAUUUCUUUAUUGAUUAUUUUAUCAAUUGCAACUGGGAUUCUUUAUAAAUUUGUAUUUUAAAUAUGGUUAGUCGAUAAACUUAUUCUAUUUUAUAAACAUUUUAUAUACAUUCUUUUGAAAAUUUAUUAUAGUUUAUGAUUUUCCUCGUGUACUGUAUUAUGAUUGUAACAUAACCAUCGUAUUACGUUAUUAUCAACUAAUAACCUGCAGAUUAU